AGAGCGGAGAGCCGAGCCGCUGCAGCUGCGGCGGCGGCAGCAGCGAAGCCUUGAGCCGUGGGGAGGUGGGUCCCCGCGCUCGGGCGCCGGGGCAGCCCAGGGCCCUCUGCGAGGCCUGCGGCGCGGCUCCUAGGGAGGAGGUGGCGGCCGUGGCGGCCGGAACCGCGACCUUGGCCGGACCCAGCCCCGCGGUGGACGCAGGGCGGAGGCCGAGCCCCGCCAGGAGUCUUUGCCGAGCCGGAGGGAGGCGCAUCUGGCGCUUCGGUACCAGCGGCAGCCGGGGGUCCGGAGCGGCUGGAGGAGCGCAGUGGGAACUGGGAAGAGCUAGCCCGGCUGGAGGGCGGACCUCUGCGUCCGGGAGCCGGGUCUCAGGCACCGCUGGGGGCGAAGCCACGCGUCUUUUCGGGCAGCCAGUUUCACACGCGCCUGUGUGCGGUUCCGGGCAUCCCAGUAAGCUCUAGCACCGGGGCGCGGGUAACGGGAAGCGCAGAACCAAAUCCCUAGCGCCCAGUCACCUCUCCAGACCCCGCCUUGCAGGGACCAGGGCUUUAGGGCUCACGGACCCAACCGCCAGGUCAGACCGCGAACCGGGAGGAGCGCGAGCCCCACCCUAAAGAGGGCGCAGCCGGGAGCUGGGGAGCGGGUGCCGCGCUCCAGAGAUUGUGUCGUGGGCGCCGUCCUAGUGGCGGGGAGCGCACCUCCGAGGGGGCAUGAGAUCGGAGAAAUCCCUUACGCUGGCGGCGCCGGGGGAGGUCCGUGGGCCGGAGGGGGAGCAACAGGAUGCGGGAGACUUCCCGGAGGCCGGCGGGGGCGGGGGCUGCUGUAGUAGCGAGCGGCUGGUGAUCAAUAUCUCCGGGCUGCGCUUUGAGACACAAUUGCGCACCCUGUCGCUGUUUCCGGACACGCUGCUCGGAGACCCUGGCCGGCGAGUCCGCUUCUUCGACCCCCUGAGGAACGAGUACUUCUUCGACCGCAACCGGCCCAGCUUCGACGCCAUCCUCUACUACUACCAGUCUGGGGGCCGCCUGCGGAGGCCGGUCAACGUGCCCCUGGACAUUUUCCUGGAGGAGAUCCGCUUCUACCAGCUGGGGGACGAGGCCCUGGCGGCCUUCCGGGAGGACGAGGGCUGCCUGCCCGAAGGUGGCGAGGACGAGAAGCCGCUGCCCUCCCAGCCCUUCCAGCGCCAGGUGUGGCUGCUCUUCGAGUACCCAGAGAGCUCUGGGCCGGCCAGGGGCAUCGCCAUCGUCUCCGUGUUGGUCAUUCUCAUCUCCAUAGUCAUCUUUUGCCUGGAGACCUUACCCCAGUUCCGUGUAGAUGGUCGAGGUGGAAACAAUGGUGGUGUGAGUCGAGUCUCCCCAGUUUCCAGGGGGAGUCAGGAGGAAGAGGAGGAUGAAGACGAUUCCUACACAUUUCAUCAUGGCAUCACCCCUGGGGAAAUGGGGACUGGCGGCUCGUCCUCACUCAGUACUCUUGGGGGCUCCUUCUUUACAGACCCCUUCUUUCUGGUGGAGACGCUGUGCAUUGUCUGGUUCACUUUUGAGCUCCUGGUGCGCUUCUCCGCCUGCCCUAGCAAGCCGGCCUUCUUCCGGAACAUCAUGAACAUCAUUGACUUGGUGGCUAUCUUCCCCUACUUCAUCACCCUGGGCACUGAGCUGGUGCAGCAGCAGGAGCAGCAACCAGCCAGUGGAGGAGGCAGCCAGAAUGGGCAGCAGGCCAUGUCCCUGGCCAUCCUCCGAGUCAUCCGCCUGGUCCGGGUGUUCCGCAUCUUCAAGCUCUCCCGCCACUCCAAGGGGCUGCAGAUCCUGGGCAAGACCUUGCAGGCUUCCAUGAGGGAGCUGGGGCUGCUCAUCUUCUUCCUCUUCAUCGGGGUCAUCCUCUUCUCCAGUGCCGUCUACUUCGCAGAGGCUGACGAUGACGAUUCGCUUUUUCCCAGCAUCCCGGAUGCCUUCUGGUGGGCAGUGGUUACAAUGACCACGGUAGGUUACGGGGACAUGUACCCCAUGACUGUGGGGGGCAAGAUUGUGGGCUCGCUGUGUGCCAUCGCCGGGGUCCUCACCAUUGCCCUGCCUGUGCCUGUCAUCGUCUCCAACUUCAACUACUUCUACCACCGGGAGACGGAGCAGGAGGAGCAAGGCCAGUAUACCCACGUCACUUGUGGGCAGCCAGCACCGGACCUGAGGGCAACUGACAACGGACUUGGCAAGCCUGACUUCGCCGAGGCUAACCGGGAACGGAGACCCAGCUACCUUCCUACGCCACAUCGGGCCUAUGCAGAGAAAAGAAUGCUCACGGAGGUCUGACCCAUGCAGGCAGGGCCUGCAGGAGGGGAGCACUGAGCUAACAGUCUCUUAGGCUUCCUUCUCAUUUCCACUACUCACUCUAGCUUCAGUUGACUUCUUGACUGUCUCCCCUACACCCACUACCUGGCAUCCAGGACCAAAUACCUGGACUAUCAACCUUGUUGCUUAAUCCCUGCAGCAUUCAAGGUUAAUCCAUCUAAGUGACAUUUUUAAAUUCCAGCGGUGCCACCCAAUCAUGCCCAGCUUCUGUCAUAUGGAUGAGAUAUACAUUUAUGUCUGACCUUCCCUCAAGACUGAUUUUUCAUGUCUGGGACUCAUAAUAUCUCAAGGAACAGCAAUGUCAACAGGAUGGAAACCAGCCAUAUCUGAGUCUUCGCUCCCUCCUUAGUGUUCUUUGCUUUGGGUCAUGUGUGUUUCCUAGCUUCAGGCCACUUGGUAACUGGAAGAAGCUGGAGGACAGAAGCAGUACUCAACUUGCUGUUAUUCCAGUGCCCUGUAACACCCACUGGUCCUCCUGCAGAUGACCCUUGGUAGAGUCUUUAUUUGCACAGCCUCAAAAUAGGUUAUUCGUUUCUAAACUUGGAUGGAAUUAGAGAAAAUACAAUCAAACUUUACCACUUGGAGGACAUGGGGGUUAGUCCAGGACCAAAGGGGCCAAUGGAUUUAUCAAAGUGUGCCCCAGCACAAGAGGCACUGGUGUUUGGUCUACAUUUAGUCCUCCCCACUCUGAUGCCCUGACUCUCCAGCUUCCAGGAAGGUUCCUUCUCAGAGCCAAAUACUCUUUGUGCAAGUGCCUUCCUGAGCAGAAGAACUGGAGAAAGGGAAUCACAGAGCCAGGAGGAAUGUCUGAGUAGAGUCAAGCAACUGGCUUGACCACAGUCUGAAGCAAGGUGCCACUUAAACAGAUACCGUUUUCUCAAAGGGGCAGGGGAAUCGUGUUGCAGAUGGCAGCCUUUUCUCCUUCAUUUUCCCCAAAUUUUCUCUACCCUCUACCUUGCUUCCUGGGAAUUUGAUUUAGGAUUGCUGUUGAAGGCUUCCUCGAGCAAACUCCAGCCUAAAGCCCUAGAGAGGUAAAAGCACACAUUGGAUGGCAGCAUGGGUUUCUUCCCAUUUUAUGGGCAUGAAAUAUGUGGUUUAGAAUAAGGAACAAGCAUUAUUCCUUUGCCAACAGCCUCACUCUAAGAGGCUUUUUUGCUGAGUCAAGCAAACACUUGCCUGCUCUGCCCCCUUGGAGCUGCAUUUGACCUGCUCUCACUGGUAAGGUGACGUGGUGGCAUUCCCACUUGAUCUAAGCCAUUUUCUUCCAUUGUGAGACCACUGCCGUCUAUCCACCUGCCCACCUCCCCUCUUUUCUCUCUCAGUAACAUUGCCAUUUGUUUUUUGCCUUUGAUAAACUGUGAUGUACUGUUCUGAGAUCUUUUGGGUGCAGUUCUGAAACUGAAAGGACUGUUAACAUGUUUUUAAUUUUGUAUCUGUGCUUUCAGACUCUUUGAUGAUAAUUUUUUUUUUUUUUAAUUAUUCUCUCGAAGAGCAACUUACAAGAGGACAGCCUUAUGAGGGUUUGCUUGAGAGGCAGUGUGGCUUCUGUGACUGCCAGAUCUAAAUCUCGAUCUUGCCAUAACUUUACAGGGUAACUUGGGUCCACAGUCCCUCUUUGUGCCUCAGUUUACCCACCCAUUAAAUGGGAACAUUACUGUCUUCCCCUCCCUACCUCAUGGGGAAUGUCUGGGAAGCUGGGGACAUUGCUAUGCAAAUGUGUGAAUCUUAGUCAUGGAUUUGAUUUUUAGUUCUCCCCAUACCCCCAUAGGAAAGGCCUUCCCCCCGAGUUCCUGCUUUGGAUCCAAAGCCUAAGAAUAGGCCAUUAUGGACCAUUGGCUCCCUAAAUCCCUCCUUGGCCUCUUGGACUGAGCCCCUCAGCCUUUCUUCUUACCCUUCAGAAAGGAGGGUUCUCUUUAGAUAUGUUCAGGGGGAUCCUUCCAUGGCUGGAGGUCACCUUGUCUGGGAGCUUGGCUUCUCCAAACCUGAAACACAGUAGAAGAUAGAGAUGUUUAUGAUGCAAAAACCUGCUCUGAGGUCAGAAAGUGCUAGUUUUCCAAAUCUCUCCCAUUGCUGCUGGCUAUUUGGUGAAAGAAGAGAAAAGCCCAUUCCAGAGGCAGAAGGGAAGCUCCCAGCCGAGGGUAAAAGUUGAGACCUAUAUGCAUGUAUCUCUGUAUAUGUGUAUGUAAUCACCCUCAUCACCAUCCCUGAGAAAACAUUUCAUUUUCAAGUCAGAGCACGCCUGAAAGGGUUUGUGGAGAGCCCAGCUCACCAGGGACUCUGGUUGCCGUAGCAACCUUCCAGACUGUUCUCUCUAUCUUCUGCUUUGGGCAUCAGGGGAGACCAGGGGACUACAUCUUCCCAGCUUCUCAAAUGGGAGCACCUCCCACAUCGUGGCUUAGGGGCUGGGAGUGCCAGGACACGGAUGUGGGACUUUUGGAAAAUGUGGAGGAAGCAGGGCCUCAAAGCUUCCUGUCUGGACUUUUCUUCCUAGUUUCCCCACCCAGUCAUUGAAGCUGCCUCCUCUUACUCCUGAUUCUUCAGAAAUUUGAAUGUUAAGCAACCAGUUAAACCAACGUCAGUAUUAAUUUUUUCAAGCUGUCGAGGGGAGCCCUUAGAGGGAACAACUUCUCCUUGGAGUGGCGGCCAGGCUGGGCCUCACCAGGUGUGAUCAUAGUCUUAGAUACCAUGGAGUUCCCGUCUCCGCAGAGGCAGGCUCUUCCCAGCUUCAUGAGAGGUGGAGAAUUGCAACUUCUUCCUCCCCGGGAACAGUCUAUCUAGCUCCUGAGAGGAAUCUCAAAGAUCUUUCUUCUUAAGACAUCGAAGAAAAACUGAGAGGCUGUAGCUCGACCUAGUUUCUGUGAAGAAUUUUGUCAAGUGAUCCCUCUCUGACCCUGAGCCUCUUUAUUUGGAUUUUGUGCCUUGAGCACCAAGAGAAAUUGCACUCUGUGUUGCCUGGACAGCUGGGGUGGUGAUUCACAGGAAGGGUCCAAGCCAUCACUACACCUGACUCAAGCCGGAAAGAGCUCCCAGAGGACUUCCUGGAACUGCCAGCCUCAGCCUGAGAUGCGGGAUAUUCGUCCCCAAGGAGCGAGGAGGGACAGCUCGCCGUCUUUGCAGCAAGACCAACCCUUCGUCUUCCUCCUUCUCCUCAGCCUACUUGGUGUGAAGACAAUGAGGAUGAAGACCUUUACGAUG